AUGAAACAGGAAGACAUGGAGAGGAACAUCCAGGAGCUUCGGGCCGCUCCAGGGCUAAAAUUUCCUACUCAAUUGUUAAAUGCAAAGAUAUACCAAGAGCCUAUCGACAAAGCCCCCUUGGUACCACUCGAGGAGGAUGUCCGCAGGGCAUUUGCCUUCCUAGAUGAAAUCAUCGAGAAACUGCCCCUGACAGACCUGGGCUGCCAGCAUCAAGUCUUCGACAUCAAUCAUGACUGGGUCCGUCAUGUCCUGCGGGGUUCCCAAUCGUGGCAUAAUGGCGUUUCCGGGAGCAUCGUCAUCAACACCUACCGCCGACUGACUCCGCCAGACUACCAGACACCGGAGCAUAUGAAAGUGGUAUAUAUGCUAUUCGCGGCGGUCGAGCUUACCGUGAGCUGGACCGUCAUGCCAGAUGACCAGUACGACAUGACCAGGGAACGACAUCAGACACCCGCCUGGUUUCGCACACAUCCCGUCUCUAUCGUGACAGACGCCAUGACGCUGCUAGCCAUGUCUCAGAGAAUCCUCAUGAAACUAUUCCCCAGAGACCAUCCAUGUUUUGCUGAAAUCCUAGAGAGGACCCUUGCGUUCUUCCAGGACUCCGUGACCCACUACGGCUAUGACGCGACCUGCUGGAACAAGAUCGGCCAGCAUCGUUACAAAGAGUUGUUCGACCAUUGCACCAGAGAGCUCGAAAGCCUGUCUUCCAACAAUCCCCUUUCACAGGAGUCUCCAAUUACCAAGAGCCCCGUGCCUUUUGAGCUGCUAGGAGUGAAAGCAUACGAUCAACACACGGCGGUCAGGUCGAAGCAGUAUGUCCAAUUCUGUAUCGAUGUGGGACGCAUGGCCGCAUGCUACACCUCUGUGGAUGUGAAGAUCACAGACGAUGUAGUAGCAAGGGCAGUUGAUUUCAUCACACCUUUUGACGACUACCAAGAAUACCACAGCCAAGGAAACAUCAAAUACGAAGACAUCACCAGUGGCUCCCCCGAGAUCUUUGUGUCGUUCCUCAUGGACACCGUCAAGGAGCCAGGUUUCCCAUCGGAGAAGCGUGACCACGUCAUGACAAUCCUCGAGCGCAACUUCGGGACGUGUUCGAUCUCAGGGGCCCAGGCCGUCGCCGACCUCUACGAGGAGAUGGGCAUUCCCGAGAAAGUUCGCCAGCAUCUAUACAAGCUCAUCGAUGAUUUGGACCAGGUCGCUAUGCAGCAGGCGGCGGCGAUCAACUUCCCCAUGGCUAUUGUUUUCGAUAUGAUCAUGUAUAUAUGCCGGGAGGACGGAACACUUGAACCCGACACCAUUCAAGGCGUGCAUAAAUUGACGGGUGCGCAGGGCUAUACUAGUAAAGGGGGCGCAUAUACCGCGCCCAUGGACUUUCUCCGCCGACUGGUAGACUACUUUCGGCCGUCCAUCGAGUCAUCUCAUUCUGGUCAAUCGAGCGAUAUCUAA